AUGACCUCUAACAACAUUUUCAAAGACACCGCUGGCGUUGUGCAAGAGAAAGUGGACCCAGAGAUUCCUCGUCCAGUUUAUGAGUAUACAAUCCACGUCACCGUCAGAAGCAUGCAAGCCGGAGCGUUCAUCGGUUCGCUUCUCGGACCGAUGGCUGUGCUUCUCGCUCAAAAAGAAAAGACUCGUCAGAAUUAUAUCAAUGGAUUCGUAACUGGCGGACAGGCUGGAGCACUGGUUGGCGCCGCCUUGGGACCCUAUUUCACUUAUUUGAAGCUACGUGGAUUGUGUGAUUAUGUCUUGUACGGAAAGUGUUACAGCUUGAGAUUCGAUGAAGACGCUCUUCGCCGUGAUCGUGCUGCUGUCUUCUCCGGCGCAGUCGGUUUGUUGAGCUCUGGAACCCCGGGAUUCAUCGUUGGACUCGACGUUUCAUUUCUGUUCAGCAGAAUGCUCAACUUUUUGAAUUCUGAUUAA